GCGGAGGAAGGAGCGACGAUGGAGGACGGGGGAGGAGUCGACCCCCACUCCGAGGUCAACAGCGAUCACAGACUCAGCUUGCCCGGCGCGGACUUCCCCGAGCCCCCCCAGUGCGAGCCGGCCCCCCUGGAGCCAGCGGGCCCCGUGGCGCUGAUGGAGAGCAGCUGGCCCGACGAGGGGGGGGCCGUGGCCGGCCACGGCGCCCCGGCCCCCCUGGAGGCUGCGGCGGCGGGCGAGGUCGUCGAAGGCGCUGCGGCCGAGCGCAAGGGCCACCGCGCCUCUCUGAAGGCCGACAGGUCCAACGCCGAGGGGGGCGUGGUCAUCGAGAUGUGCCGACAGCCGCUGCUGGAGCGCGCCCCCGUCCCAGCGAAGAGCAAAGAGACGGAGCCUCUCACGUCCGAAACGGACAGAGACGAGGAGUCAGAGGAUGAGGACGAGGAGGAGGAGGAGGAGGAGGUGGCACCGGUGCCGACGCAGCCUGCCGCGCCAGGCAGCAUGUUCCUCUUCAAGUCCACCAACCCUAUCCGAAGGAUCUGCCACUAUGUGGUGACCCUGCGCUACUUUGAGAUGACCAUCCUACUGGUCAUCGUGGCCAGUAGCAUCGCCCUGGCGGCCGAGGACCCCGUGUGCGCCAACUCCGACAGGAACAAGGUUCUCCGUUACUUUGACUACGUCUUCACCGGUGUGUUCACCUUCGAGAUGAUCAUCAAGAUGAUCGACCAAGGCCUCAUCCUCCAUGACGGCUCCUACUUCAGAGACCUGUGGAACAUCCUGGACUUCAUUGUGGUGGUGGGGGCGCUUAUUGCCUUUGCUCUGACGAAUGUGAUGGGGAACAACAAAGGCCGCGACAUCAAGACCAUCAAGUCUCUCCGGGUGCUUCGGGUCCUGAGACCACUCAAAACCAUCAAGAGGCUCCCCAAGCUCAAGGCGGUGUUCGACUGCGUGGUCACGUCGCUGAAGAACGUCCUCAACAUCCUCAUCGUGUACCAGCUCUUCAUGUUCAUCUUCGCCGUCAUCGCCGUGCAGCUCUUCAAGGGGAAGUUCUUCUACUGCAACGACAGCUCCAUGAACACGGAGAAGCAGUGCCAAGGCUACUACAUUGACUACAGCAGAGACAAGAAGGAGGUCAAGAGGAGGGAGUGGAAGAGACACGAGUUCCACUACGACAACGUGUGCUGGGCUCUGCUCACGCUGUUCACCGUCUCCACCGGAGAGGGCUGGCCUCAAGUCCUCCAACACUCAACAGACGUGACGGAGGAGAACAUGGGUCCGAGCCGCGGCAACCGCAUGGAGAUGUCCGUGUUCUACGUGGUCUACUUUGUGGUCUUCCCCUUCUUCUUCGUCAACAUCUUCGUGGCCCUCAUCAUCAUCACCUUCCAGGAGCAGGGAGACAAGAUGAUCCAGGAGUGCACUCUGGAGAAGAACGAGCGGGCCUGCAUCGACUUCGCCAUGAGCGCCAAGCCCAUGACGCGCUACAUGCCCCAGAACCGGCAGACCGUGCAGUACCGCCUCUGGCACUUUGUGGCCUCGCCCUCCUUCGAGUACACCGUGCUGGUGAUGAUCGCCCUCAACACCGUGGUGCUCAUGAUGAAGUACCACUCGGCCCCGGCGGCUUACGACACGGUGCUGAAGCACCUCAACUCGGCCUUCACUGUGCUCUUCUCCAUGGAGUGCAUGCUCAAGAUCAUGGCCUUUGGCAUCGUGAACUACUUCAGAGACACGUGGAACAUCUUCGACUUCAUCACGGUGCUUGGCAGCAUCACGGAGAUCAUCGUGGACCUGCAGGUACCACGGGUUGCCAAACGUUUACGUUGCGCUAGCCUCGUUUCUAAUUCUAUAAUAAUACAUGGUUUUAUGCAUGGUCAUUGGCAGUCGCUGAACUCCAUCAACAUGAGCUUCCUGAAGCUCUUCAGAGCCGCCCGACUCAUCAAGCUGCUGCGGCAGGGCUACACCAUCCGGAUCCUUCUCUGGACCUUCGUGCAGUCCUUCAAGGCCCUCCCGUACGUGUGUCUCCUCAUCGCCAUGCUCUUCUUCAUAUACGCCAUCAUCGGAAUGCAGGUGUUUGGAAACAUCAAACUGAACGACGAGAGCCACAUCAACCAGCACAACAACUUCAAGACCUUCUUCAGCGCGCUCAUGCUCCUCUUCAGGAGCGCGACCGGGGAGUCGUGGCAGGAGAUCAUGCUCUCCUGUCUGGGGGGUCAGGAGUGCGAGCCGGACCCCUCCAUCGAUCCUAUGACCGUGUCCCCGGACCACCUGGGAGGCUGCGGCACCGAGUUCGCCUACUGCUACUUUGUCUCCUUCAUCUUCUUCAGCUCCUUCCUGAUGCUGAAUCUGUUUGUGGCCGUGAUCAUGGAUAACUUUGAGUACCUCACACGGGAUUCCUCCAUCCUCGGACCCCAUCAUCUGGACGAGUUUGUCCGUAUCUGGGGAGAGUUCGACCGCUCGGCGUGCGGCCGCAUCCACUACACGGCGAUGUACGAGAUGUUGACUCACAUGUCGCCCCCGCUGGGUCUGGGGAAGAAAUGCCCUGCCAAGAUCGCCUACAAGAGGCUGGUGCUGAUGAACAUGCCCGUCGACGAGGACAUGAGUGUCCACUUCACGUCCACGCUGAUGUCUCUCAUACGCACCGCCUUGGACAUCAAGAUCGCCCGAGGGGGUGAGGAUCGCAUCGGUCUGGACUCUGAGCUCCAGAAGGAGAUCAGUGUGAUCUGGCCCUAUCUGCCCCAGAAGACCCUGGAUCUGCUGGUGCCCAUCAACAAAGACACCGACAUGACAGUAGGCAAGAUCUACGCCUCCAUGAUGAUCAUGGACUACUUCAAGUCGAACAAAGCCAAGAAGCUCCGACAACAGCUAGAAGCACAGAAGAGCAGCUUGAUGUUCAAGCAACUGGACGCCUCCACUCUGCCUGAAGACAUCCUAUCCAACAGCGAGCCACUCACCUUGAUGGGGCACAGCGCCGGCUCUGCCCUGACCAGAGGAGGCUUCCUGGCUCUGAGUCCCAUCUCACCACAGGAGCUGUUUCUACCUCCCGUGAGCUCAGACGCCGACUCCAGCCAGCACCAGUCCAUGCAGCCCACGGAGGUGGCGGGCGGCGGCUCCAUGAAGCGAUCCGUCUCCACGGUGGCGGACGAGCGGGUCAAUGGUCUGUGGCAGGAAGAGGAGGCGGCCAGCCCCGACCGGGUCUAUCGGCCGCGCCACAAGAGCUACAAGGUCGCCGUUUCUCGCUCUGACCGCUGGCACGCGGGCAGCAGAGGAGAGCGGGAGCGUGGGCGGUCCAAGGAGCGCUGCCACCUCCUCUCCCCAGACGAGUCUCGUUGCAACUCGGCCGAGAGGAGCCAGCAGCCCUCCCGCAGCUCCAGCAUAGAGAGAACGCACCCCCGCGAAAAGCAGGGCAACAGCUCCGAGAGCCCGGUCCCGUCCACCUCCGAGUCCAGCACCCCGAGCGCGCGCCGGCCCACCUCCCAGGCGGCCGCCCGCUCCCACCCCCACGUCUCCUACUCCCCGCUGGUGUGUCACGCGACGCCCCGCGUGGGCGAGGAGGAGGCCGAGGCGGGCGACGAAGAGGAGGAGGAGGAGGAGGAGCAGCAGCAGGGCAGCCCGGAGACCAUGAGGCGGGGCCGACCCUCGUGGAAGGGCCCGCAGCAGGGGGCGUCGGGCGAGCGGCGCGGCGAGCCGGGCCGCCACCACCACCACCACCACCACCACUCGCCCCCGCGCCGCUACCCCUCGGAGCCCUUCCUGGCCUCCCAGGAGGACGACCACAGCCCGGACGCCGGCGGCCCCAUGGAGACGCUGACCUUCGAGGCGGCCGUGGCCCACAGCCUGGGCCGGUCGAACACGGUGACGGCGGCGCACUCGCGCUCGCGGAGCGGCUGGCAGAUCCCCAACGGCGGACACUUCCGGAAACGCAUGGGGCAGGCGGCGUCCAUGGCGGCCGGGGACGCCCUGAGUGACACUGAAGAGGAGGACAGGUGCUGAGCAGAGGGCGAGGAGAGGCAGAGGAUGACCCACUCACAGAGGCGUCGGAGAACACUCACAAGGAGCCGAGGAGGGCACGACGUCACAGUGGGGGGUGUCGAAGUGUACAAAGCUGACGGGCUGACUGCUGCUGCUGAAUGUUCCGGAAAAACAAAGUGAACUUUAAAUGAAUGGAACCUUGGAGCAGUGUUUUCCUGAAGCUAGUAGUGUCCGGCUCACACACAGAACAUUAUAAAGAAAAAGGUAUUUAAGUGACUGGGAUUGGAAUUGGAUAUAAGUAAUAUGCACCUCAGAUAUUCCCUUGUGUACAUGGUAUAUAACUUCAGUGAAUGGGAGGAAUUAUGAAUUUUGGGUGGAAUGAAUAAAUGUCAUUCAUGUCAAUAGGUAUCGUCAUUUCCAGAGGCGUUGCUAACCAUGCCUCACUGUUGCUUUUUACCGUGCGUUGGACGUGUGGACAUAUACUAUGGGACAAAGGGGGACCGGACUUUCCUUUAAAUAUACCUUUUUUUUCGUAUAUACAUGCUGAUCACCGAACCAUUUUCCAUCCAUUUUUGCCAGAGUUUCUUUGACCGGAUGACGGAGCUGGAUGAUUGGACAGUUUAGACAUUUGCUGGUUAAUGUGGCGACUAAUAGCCACAUGAAUGCAAUAGAGUUGUGAUAAUAUAUUGCUGAUGUUGAUAAUAUUAAAUGUGAAAGAGAGGGUGGUUUGAGGGAAGAGAUGUUAGUAACCAGAUUAAAUACAUUAUGAGUUAUACGUAAUGCAUAAUUUAUACAUAAUUUGUACUAAAUAAUUUGCAUAGAUCUAUAAUGUCCAACUUUUUAGCUGGCUUUUUUGUAGGCCCUCCCUUUCUCCACCUUACAAUUUUAGGAACUUUUUAUAUUUUCAAUUGAAAAAUACUGUGGUAUAUGAAAAAUAAUAAGUAAAUACUCAAACUAAAUGAUAGUUUUAGCUCUUUAAAACUCUUUAGCAAUUGUUUCUUCUUUUAGAAUAUUGAUAAAAAAAACAAAACAUUGCAGGCCACUGUACAGAAACUGUAGACUUCAUGACAUACCAUUGCUUCACAAAUUACUAAUUCUAAUUACUAAUUAUGUACAGGAGAAACGCUGUCUGUAAGAUUUAACAACAUAACGAGUGGCAAACCCCUAUUGAGCUGGUUUGCUUUGAAUCCUAAUACAUUUCUGCAAUGUUCAAAGGUAUCUGUAUUUGUUUAAUUUGCCUGAAGUAGGCCGAUUCUGUGAGACUCACUUAACCAAAAACAUGAGGGUUUGUACCAUAAUUUACUGGAAUGCAAUUAAUUGUUGGUUUUUAUGUGUACAAUACCUGUAAAUACAAAUAAAGGUGUCAUCAA